AUGGGCGACACCUGCACGACCUCGGGUCCCUUCGGGGUUUUCCCCGACUGCGAGGGACUCGGCGCGAGCGUGUUUCUCAACCUCGUUUACGGCUACGCUCUGCUCACCGCGGCGGGGUUCAUCUCGGACGGCUCCGAGCUGCUCCUCGAGAUUCUGUCACCCGGACUUGUGGGCGGAUUGCUCCUGCCCAUCCUCGGCGCCGUUCCCGACGCGGCGGUCAUCAUCGCGUCGGGGCUGGGUGCCAGCAAGGAAGAUGCGCAAGAGCAGGUGAGCGUCGGCAUGGGUACCCUCGCGGGGUCCACCGUCAUGCUGCUGACCAUCGCGUGGGGCGGUUCGCUGAUUUUGGGCCGCUGCGACCUGAGCUCCAGGGGCACGGCCAUCAACAAGACCCUCACCCCAAAGGCGUCCAUCACCGAGGCCGCGAACGAGACCGGCGUGACCACUGACACGGACACAAAGACCAACGCAAUGGUCAUGAUGGCCUCCUGUGUCACGUUCCUCGUUAUCCAGAUCCCCGCGUGGAUGGGAAUGCAGGCCAACAAGAAAAUCGACCUGGCCACCGCCGCUGUGGCGCUCGGUGGCCUCGCGCUUUACUGCGGCUACCAGGUUCUAUUCCCCGAGCUUCAGCGCCGUAAAAUCGCCGCGGCUCAGGCCAAGGCUGCAAGGAAGCGCGGCGCUAUGUUCGCCGCGCACCUGGGCAACACCAUGGGUGGCAUUCUUGUCGACGGCGAGGUCAACGUCCAAGCGCUAAAUAAGAUGUUCGAGCAGUUCGACUCCGAUGGCAACAACGAGGUUGACGUCCAGGAACUCAAGCUCGCGCUCGUGGCGAUGAGCGUCACGAUGCAGGACACAGAGAUAACAGACGGAGACGUGGAGGUUUGGCUCAAGGAGUUUGACAAGGACGGCGACGGUCUCAUCUCGCGAGCAGAAUUUUGCGCGGGGAUGACGCACUGGGUUCUGGAGCAGGCCAAGAACAUCUCGGUCCGCUCUAGGCGCUCGUCCUUCGACGGAUCCUUACGGGGAGGGAGUCGUCACGAACUGUCCGCCGCCAGGGGCCCGGCGCACGCGGGUCUCGAGCCUCUGCUCGGAUCAACGCCCGAGCAGGACGCCGGCGAAGGGCAGGGAGAGGAGGACGAGAGCGACGUCGAGGACGAGGACGACGAGGAGCCAAUGACAAAGUCGCAGAUCAUCAAGAAGGCGAUGCUCUUCCUCGCGAUCGGCAUGGCCAUGGUGACACUUUUCGCCGAUCCCAUGGUUGGCGCGGUGAGCUCCCUGAGCAAAGCCUUGGGCCUGCCCUCGCCGUUCUUCGCAUCCUUCGUCCUCACGCCUUUUGCGUCCAAUGCGUCGGAGCUGGUCAGCUCCUUGUACUUCGCGAGCAAGAAGCGCAAGAAGAACAUCUCGCUGACCUACUCGCAGGUUUACGGCGCCGUGACCAUGAACAACACGAUGUGCCUCGGGCUGUUCAUGGUGGUCAUGCGCGCGCAGGGCCUCGAGUGGACGUUCUCGUCCGAGACGCUCACCAUCCUGCUGGUCACUCUCCUGGUCGGGUACCUCGGCGCGAGCCGGGAAACUUUCAAGUCGAGGCUCGCGGUUCCCGUUCUGGCGCUCUAUCCGCUGUCGAUCGCGCUCGUGUGCUUCCUGGACUUCGUCGUCGGCUGGAACUAA